AUGGAAGUUGUAAGAUCAUUUGAAAAAAACGAGUCCUAUAAUAAAAUUAUCAGCUUUUUCGACUUUGGCGGCCAGUAUAUUUUUUAUGCCAGUCAUCAAAUUUACAUGAGACCAGAAGCCUUUUACAUCUUAGUAGUUGAUAUAUCCAAAUCAUUUGACGAGAAAGUACACAAGACUGAAUCUACAGAUGAAGAAAUAGAGUUUGCACAUAUGACAUACUUUGGUAAAAUCAAUUUUGUAUGCUUACUUUUGAUUGAAUACUAUAUCUUUUGGCUAAAAUCGAUCAAUGCUGUCUCGACGGAAGCGCCUCUUAUUCUGGUUGCCACACAUGCGGAGGAAAAAUCAAAAGACGAUAUCGAACAAUAUUUUGAUGAUUUCUGGAAAAGAAUGGAAACAAUGAAGAAACUUUUUACUCACUUAUCUCACGAAAGAAAAUUCGCAGUGAAAAUUCCGACAUCAAAAAUUGAGAGUCUUGAUAAAUUGGAUGAUAUAGAAUCGUGCAUUGUUAAACUUGUGAAUGAGCAACAGCAAUGGGGUGAUGCAGUACCAUCUUCCUGGAUUUUUUGGGAAUAUAUCAUAAAGGAAUUGCAACGCAGCAAAAAAGUUAUUGAAAAAGAAAAACUAUUGGUUCAAGAAGAUAAGUUACCGAUUGAAUUUCAGAUAGACAAUGCUGAAAUGAAUGAAUUUUUAUCAUUUCUUCACACUGUUUGUUAA